UUCUUGCUCGAGCGCACUUCGGGAUUAGUCUUUUGUGAUAGUUUGUGUGCGAAGGAACGUUUUUGUUUGACCCAUUUCAAGGACAUGUUUUAACUGGAUCUGUCGCAGAUACAUUGGAAAUGCCUUAAUCAGUGAUCGUACACACUUUGGAUAUAUUACAUUUGGUUCCGGAUCGUGCAAUAACCGUUCCACACAGAGGAAAUGGUCACAGAGCAACAGCGACAACGACAAGUGUGAUAUGUGAGAAUAAUUGUGAUCGAAAAAAAAAAAAAAGUGCACAUGGUGAUUACUAUGAUCGUAGAGUGUCCGACGUGAGAAAACCCGAUAACCGAAAGUGCGUCUCUACAGUGUGCUAUAGUGGCUAAUCCGAGAGAUAACAACCCCUCGACCAUCGACCACGAUGACGGUACGUUCCGCUCCUCGUCUUCGCCGUACAGGAUGGAUGUCCCAGACACCCGCUACCCGGACGACCGCUCAGACUCCGGUCUAAGCUCCCUGCGUUCAGGCAGCGGCGAUGAGCGGUGUGGAUCCCGUUCAAGCGCGCUCAGCUCAACGGACGACGUCGCCAACACGCACCUAGUCUUGGGACGGUCGAACCGGUCGCCGUUCAACCGAUCGCCCCUGUUCGUCUUGGGCCAGCAGGAUUACAACGCGAGCAGCUCGCGUUCGCCGCUGAACCACCAGCAUAACCGCGCGACCGCGCCGGUUUGGAGGGAUCCCAGCCUGGCGGAGCCGCCGCAGGUCCGUCACGUGGACAGCGUACAGCACCAGUCCCUGCUGCUGAUGUCGUCGCAUCAGGGCUCGCCGACGUCGUCCGGGCCGCCCGCCACCUCGAGCGUCCCGACGGCCUCCCUCUAUCCGCCGCCGUCCAUGAUCAGUCCGCAUCCGCGCCCGUUGCACUCGCAUCUGGCGCCCAACAUGUACGCGCCCGCCCAUCACAUACCGGACAUGCUGUGGAAGGCGCCCUACAAUCUGCCCUCGUCGCACCUGCUCGCUGCGGCCGCGUCGCAGCAGCAGCAGCAGCAGAACGCCCACCACGGCGAGGAGAUGAUGGAGAGGGAGCAGCAGCGCAUGAUGCAGGAGAGGCACAACGAGAGGAUAGCCUCUUCGAUAAGAGAACGACAGAUAGAAACAAGAGAGAUAGAAAAACUGAAGGAGAGAGAAAAAGAAAGGGCUGAAAGGGAGAAACAGGAGAAGAUGGAGAGGGAACGAGAAGAGAAAGAGAGACAAGAACAGGCUUUACACAAUCACUUCGAAAAAUCACUGAGACAGGCGGCCCAGCAAAAAAGGGAACAGUGGAACCCGAUAACGGGCCGUCCCAGCCAACCCCAGAGGAGCAGCAGCGCGGAAGAGGAUAAGAAAAGGGCAGAACAAGAGAUGAGGGAUCAGAGGCAGCAUCUGUCAUCUAGGCAGGAUCCGAACAAGGACAACCGGUUCUAUGCGAACCUGGAAACUAUGUUUCAGGUCCAGCAACGCGUACCCUCCAUGACCGGCAAGGUGGACUACCCGCCGCCCGCGCACAGCAGCCGCGCGCCCGCCAUGAAGCAGCAACAGGACAAGAUGACCAACAUGCAGCACGCCGUCGGCCAGAAGAACGACCUGACCAUGUUCAGCUACUCCCCCUACCACCCCCAGAGCGCGUUCGGUUUCUCGCACGACGCCAAGGGCAAGGACCUCCACAAGACGUCCGGCAACGUCGGACUCCUGGCCAAGUCGGCGUCGCCUAUCGACCGGGACAACCUGCCCAACCCGCCGCCCCUGAUCAGCGAGAUGAAGAACUCGGUGAUAGUGAAGCACGACGGGAAGAACCCCCACCACAUGGAGCCCAGGGUGUCGAUAGCCCAUUCCCCGAGCCCGAAACUCAUGAGUCACUACAUGCCGUUGCCGCCGCAGACGUCCAAGGGUAACAUGUACGAGUACAGGAGCCCGACGCAGUCCCCCCACCACCACCUGGCCCACACCAGCCCGCACCACAUGGAGGCGCAGACGAUGGCCGCGAAAACGACCCAUCAUCGUCAGAUCUCCAGUCCGCACCACCACCGUCAAUCCCCGCACGCCCCCCAACACUCCUCGCCCGAGAUGCGGUACAGGAGCACCCCCGAAGCCCAGACCAUAAUCUACCCGACGCCGGGUAAGGCCAACUAUCAGUUCUUGGCUACGACGGCCGGUUACAGUCACCACACGACCAACGUGUCAAAUUCCAAGCCCAAGGUCAGCAGCCCGGCGCCCCAUCACAUCUACGGCAAGCCCACGGCGGGCAUAUUGAGCGGGCUGCCUCCCAAUCCUAGGGGCGGCGAGCAGGGGGCUGCCGCCCUGCAGAUUAUGAGCAGCAAACCGCCCAUGCCGCUGUCCAUAUCGCCGUCGCCGUUCCAGCAGGCGUCCCAGUACCAUCCGCCGCCGCCGCAGGUGUCCACGCAGCUCAACUGUCCGCCACCGGCCCACAGGACGGUUCCGUACGAUAGGAUAUACCCCGGUACGACGAUACCAAGCGGCCUACCCCCCAAACCCUCCAUCCACGGAACCUCCCCUCCGACGGCGUCUGCCGCUCCGUCCGGCAUACCCAGGACCCACCCCCAGUACAUGCCCAACGUCACCCUGCCGUCCGGGAUGCCGGGUAGUCCCUCGAUGCAGAUGCAGCCCCUGGACCUGGGCAUGUCGUCCAGCAGCAAGCAGCAGCAGCAUCAUCACGACAACAACGUCCCCUCGCCCAAGAGGAAAGGCACCCCCGUCCACAUGGACAGGUCGGACUCGCCCUCCGUGGACGCCAAGAAGAGAAAGCUGGAACCGCCCCCCGUGUCGUCGCCCCAGGUGUUGUACUCCAUGGUCGGCGGUCAGCCGUUGCUCGCGCGCGUCGACGAACCCACGCCGCUGAUCGCGAGCGAGGCGACGGCCAUAACGACGGUCGCGAACGCGUUCGAGACGACGGCGCCGUCCCCGAGGAACGUCGCAACGCCGCCGAACCCGGUGGCGUUGACGGAGAACCUGCCCGACCUGAGUGUUACCCCCGUGGAAGUGAGUGCGAGGCCCGGUAGUGCCGAUUCCGGUCUGCAGAGCGCGCAGCAGACUACGAACAAUGAAGUUUCGCCCGUGGUCGCCGCCGCCACCUCCGCCGCCGCCGCCGCGCAGCCGGCCGCGAGUUACUGCGCAACGGCCACGGGGAAGGAGUCGCCUACUGCAUCUAUGAAGACUGCAAUAACACCAAAUAGUAUAGACUCUGAAAAAUCCAACAGUCCUGGCCCGACCAAAAGCUCUGGCAGUUAUCCAGUUCGUCACCUAAAAAAAGCGUGGCUACAAAGGCACACCGGUGAAGAUAUGGAAGACACGACCGGAAUCGUUGGAUCUGGAAGUUGUGUGACCCUACCUAUUAAUAUAAGUACUUCGAACAAUAACAAAGACCCCCCAGUGAAUACUUUACACGCGAUAGGUUCGAUGGCUGUUAAUAGUAUAAGUAAACCUAAGCAUUUAACAAAUAAAAGUAACAAUAGGAAAGGUGUGAUGAAAGAGGGUACCUUGAACGGACACCCUAGUGAUUUAACGAAAGGUGACGAUUCUUCUAGUUCCGACCAAGAGAGAGGCAGAAAAUCCCCGCCGAAGAGGAAACCGCCAAAAGUGAAGAGAAAAAAAGGUGGAGGUGCCCAUAAGAAACCAGUCGAAGAGAAGAAGAGGAAAGCUAGUACACCAACGGUUGCCAGCGAGAGUGGUAGCGAUAGUGACAAAGACACUGCUAGUGAAAAAGACUCCGAUUCCGGGGCCAGUACUACUAUUUCUGUGAAAAAGGGGAAUAAUAGUAAGGAGCCCAGGAAGCGCGGUCGACGACCAAAGAUAUCGAAGGGCGGUAAGAGCAGCGACGAGCCGCGCUCUAAGAAGGCCAAGGAGGACGUCCUGCCGCAGCGCGAUCCCUUUCGAAAACCGCCGGUUACGCAGCUGAAGAAGACCGGCGAGAGCUUCCUGCAGGACGGUCCCUGUUUCGAGGUGGCCCCCAAGCUGGCCAAGUGCAGGGAGUGCCGGUGGACCCCUAACCAAAGGUCGAAGAACAUGCCCAACAUCUUCUGUCGCUUUUACGCGUUCAGGAGGUUGAGGUACACGAAGAACGGGCAGUUGGCGAUAGCCGGCUUCUCGGACCCGCACAAGAAUUCUCUGGAGGACGACAUUAAAUUGUGGCUCCCGAAUCCGGAGAAUCCCCCCAGCGAUUUGGAUUUGGAAACGUCCAAGUUCUUACUGAAGCAGGUUGGGGACCAUUUCUGUGAUCUAUUAGUACAAGAGAAGAACGCCGUUAACGAACACUUGUCCGAUGACAAGACGGUGGCGUGGAAGAGGGUGGUGCAAGGCGUGAGAGAGAUGUGUGACGUGUGCGAGACUACGCUUUUCAACUUCCAUUGGGCGUGCGGCAAAUGCGGAUUCGUCGUUUGCCUGGACUGCUACAAGGGUCGAAAGAAUGGAACGCUGAAGAUCUGGGGAGAGACGGGCAAGGACAGGGACGAGUACUCCUGGCUGCUGUGCACGAACCGUCAGGCGCACGAGCAGGAGAAGCUCAUGCUCACGCAGAUAAUCGCCGACAACUGCCUGUUGAGGCUGGGCAAGAUGGUGCACGAGGUACGCGAACUGUGGAACAUCGAGCAGUACUGCGACUGUCCGAUGAGCAAAGAGGUCAAAUCGAACAACCUGAAAUCCAAGGACAUAAUCAAGAACAUCAUGAGCGAGAACAUGAACGGUUCGUCGAAAACGUCGACCGAAGACGUCAAACCGGCAGUCAAGACGGAGGAGAACGAGGAGGGUGAAGAGGACAACAACCCCUCCCCGCUCUCGUGGUUCAGCGAUAUGCUCAAGAAGGACGAGCCGCCGGAGAAGACGGUCAAGAAGGAAAAACCGGAAGAGGGCGUUAAGGAGAAGAACGAAGACGCGAGCAGCGAGGACGACGACAACAAUUUUUCUACCCUUCGGGAACUGCUGAUCAGGCCGUCGCACAAGCAGAACGGCAGCAGGGCCGGAUCGCCGACAGUCGCCCAAGCCGCCAAGACCGCCAAGAGGACCAGCCUGAAACUGGACAAUCUGGACGAGGUGUUGACGAGCGUGAUCGAGGAGAGCUCGCCGAAGGAGGACGAGGUCGCCGAGGAGGAGGACAAGUGCGAACUGAAGCAUUUCGUGCGCAGGCGCAGGUACAACUGGCAGGUGAAGGGGAGGGUCUCGCUGCCCAUCAGGAUAAUGACGAUGACCGAGAGCAAGAUACUGUACCCGAACGUGCCGCACAGUUGGCUGUGCGACGGCAAACUGUUAAGACUGAUCGAUCCCACGCAUAAGGAGAACUACAAGAUUUUCCAGGAUCAGUGGAAACGAGGCCAACCUGUGAUAGUCUCCGACGUAGACAGGCUCCUGAACAAGGACCUAUGGAACCCCGACUCCUUCGCCCGCGACUUCGGCGAGGACAAGAACGACCUCAUCAACUGCAUGACCGGCAACCUGGUGCCCAACCAACCGAUGAAGAAGUUCUGGGAGGGUUUCGACCACUUCGAGAAACGCCUCAAGGACGACCGGGGCAACCCGAUGCUCCUCAAGCUGAAGGACUGGCCGCCCGGCGAGGACUUCGCCGAGAUGCUGCCCACCAGGUUCCAGGACCUGAUGGAGGUGCUGCCGCUCGGCGAGUACACCCACCGGAACGGCCGUCUGAACCUGGCCAGCAGGCUGCCCGACUGCUUCGUGCGCCCCGACCUCGGUCCGAAGAUGUACAACGCCUACGGUUCCGCGCUGCACCCGUCCAAGGGCACGACGAACCUCCACCUGGACAUCUCGGACGCCGUCAACGUGAUGGUCUACGUGGGCAUUCCCAAGGACGGCGACAGCGACGAGCACAUCAAGGAGGCCUUCAGGGCCAUCGACGAGGCCGGCUGCGACAUACUGACCCGUAGACGGGUGAGGGACAAGGGUGAGCUGCCCGGCGCGCUCUGGCACAUCUACAACGCGAAGGACGCUGAUAAGAUUCGCGAUCUGCUGAACAAGGUCGUGAUGGAGAAGGGCGGUAGGUUGGAGCCCAACCACGAUCCGAUACACGAUCAGAGCUGCUACCUCGACGGGCCGCUGCGCGAGCGUUUGUACAAAGAAUACGGCGUGGAGGGUUACGCGAUCGUUCAGUGUCUGGGGGACGCGGUCUUCAUACCGGCCGGGGCACCGCAUCAGGUCCGGAACCUCCAUAACUGUAUAAAAGUGGCGGAGGACUUCGUCUCCCCGGAGAACGUGUCCCAUUGUUUCCAUCUGACCCAGGAGUUCAGGGAUCUGUCGGACACCCAUUCCAACCACGAGGAUAAGUUGCAGAUCAAGAACAUCAUCUAUCACGCCGUCAAAGAUUCGUUGUCCACCCUGAAUUCGAUACUGAAUCAGCACGUGGUCAAGAUCGAGUCCGAGAGUUCCGAAUCGAACGGUGUGAGCAGUAUCGAAGCCCAAAAGAAAGAGGUUUCGGUGGACGAGGCCGGAACCGACGUCUAAUUUUGUGAUAUAAAUUGGCCCUGUUCUACAUUUUUCGAAAGGCAGUAUUUGUUGGUAGAGAAUUUUUCGUUUAUCUGAGACUGAUGAGGAUGUUUCCGAGGAACGUUUUUUUCUUUUCUUUUUUUAGUUAUGACGUAGUUCUCGAUGUUAAGUUUAUUUUUUUUUUCUUUGAAAACGUUUAACGUUAUUAUAUUUUGCAAGUUUUGAGAGGAUGUUAAUAAAUUUUUAUUCGAAAGAUGUGGCGUUUAUUGAGGGGAGAUUGUUGGAAAUGUUUUCGAACUUUAGGUAGGCGAGGUGAUUCGUUGAUGUUGCAGGAAGAUCAAGAUGGGGUCUCUCGAGUAACGAAUUGUAAGUUUAUCCAAAAAAUUGGUUCUAAAUUGCGACUAAAACUCCAAACCUUGCUUCGACACCGGAAAUUCAGGUUAGAACCAUAGAAAAAUGAAUCUUGGAGCUGUUGCCACCUUGGUAUUUUCUUCUGGAAUUCUACCGAAACCAAAGUUGUAAGAUUUCUUUCAAAAUGUACUUUAAGCGAUGUUCGAUCACUUCUAAAGCAAUUUUUGGCGGUUAGAGUGAAGGAAACGAUCUGAUGCAAUAUUUCAAUCUGCAGUAUGUGAAAAAGUUUCAUGAUCUAAUACCUAAUUCAUCGACUAACUAAAUUUGCUUUUUCACUUUGAAUUCAUCGAGAUAUCUUGAAUUUUCGAGCAACAUCGUUGAAUCACCCUGUCGACCUAAACCCCUAAUCUUCUUUCGUUCAGAGCCUUGCUAACAAGAUGCCACUAAUCAGUGUUGAAUUUUCCUCGACCCAGUCGAAUUUAACGAAUUUCUCUCUACGUAAGAGGUAUUCCGCUUCGAACUUGUGGACUGCCAAAUUUUCGACUGUGCUUAAAACAAAAACGAUUUCUUGUAAAUUUACUUCUUGUGUGAUACUAAAAUUGUCUAUAUUAUACGUGGGUUGACAGAGGUCUUUAAAUUUUCAUGUAGUCAGUUGUAAUAUGUACAUAUUGUGUACAUUGUGACUUAUUAGUUGGAUGAAACGCUGAAAUGCACGGUUAAUCUUCCUGUUUGUAGAGACCUGUGACUUGAUCAAGUCGCUAGUGUUGUAAUUUAGACUACCGCGUACACUUGUAUCGACUUUGUGGCGUCCGCGAUGGCCCGACAUUGUUCUAACAGUUCUCCUUACGGUCUGUCUUUGUUGUUUUACGACUUUGUUCUGUUCAUUUCUCAAAUCCAUGGACUUGGAUUGAAAUGGACCUUUGUUAAAACGACCAAGGCCAAUCAACAAUCACUGGUCAAAAUUCCUUAAAUUUCUCCUUGACAGGGUCAAGUAGAAUUGAAAAAAAUGUCAUGGGUAUCUUGAUACGUUUUGGCAAAGGUUCCAAUUUCAACGUCCACGAGAACCAACCCUCAAAUUAAAAAAAAAAGGGCGAAAUAUUCUGAAUGAUCUCGACCAUUUUUUCCACAACGACUAUCACGAUUAAAUUCUUUUCCCUGCCCCCCCUACCCCUUUACGAAAAAGAAUGAUUUGAAAAUUAUUGUAAAAUAGAUAUAAAACGGUUUUUUGUUCUCGACGAACAUGUCAUAUAUGUAUAUUGUUUCAAUGAUUGUGAGGACAUAAUUUAUUUGCUUCUACAGUGAUUCAUUGUACAGUAGCAUAGUAUUUUUGUACAGUAAUGAUUGUAUGUUUUCUGUACCUUUCGUGGGUACAGUAUGAUUUUUGUACUAUGUAUAUUAUGUAAGAUCAUAGAUUUGAAUAAGAAAUUCUCUAUUAUU